AUGGCCAGAAGGGCUCUCAAGCUCGCCUCUUGGACCAGCAUGGCUUUUGCUGCCUCUGGCUUCUACCUCUACAGUAACAAGUACUUGGACCCGAAUGACUUUGGUGCUGUCAGGGUGGGCAGAGCAGUUGCUACGACAGCUGUCAUCAGUUACGACUAUCUCACCUCCUUGAGGAGUGUUCCCUAUGGCUCGGAGGAGUACGCACAGGUUCGCUCUGAGGUGCACCUCCGUUCUGCCCGGCGUCUCUGUGAGCUCUGCUGUGCCAACCGGGGCACCUUCAUCAAGGUGGGCCAGCACCUGGCAGCCUUGGACUACCUGCUGCCUCAGGAGUACACCAGCACACUGAAGGUGCUGCACAGCCAGGCCCCGAAGAGCAGCAUGCAAGAGGUCAGCCAGGUCAUCCGCGAGGACCUGGGCAAGGAGAUCCCUGAUUUGUUUGUGAGCUUUGAUGACACCCCUAUGGGGGCCGCUUCCCUGGCCCAGGUCCAUAAGGCAGUGCUGCAUGACGGGCGGACAGUGGCUGUGAAGGUCCAGCACCCUAAGGUGCAAAUGCAGAGCUCAAAGGACAUUCUCCUGAUGGAGGUGCUCGUCCUAGCUGUCAAACAGCUGUUCCCGGAGUUUGAAUUCAUGUGGCUGGUGGAUGAAGCCAAGAAGAACCUGCCUUUGGAGCUGGAUUUCCUCAACGAAGGGAGGAACGCGGAGAAAGUGGCCCAAAUGCUCAAGCACUUUGACUUCUUAAAGGUGCCCCAAAUCUACUGGGAGCUGUCCACCAAGCGUGUCCUUUUGAUGGAGUUUUUGGAUGGCGGUCAAGUCAAUGACAGAGAUUACAUGGAGAGGAACAAGAUCGAUGUCAACGAGAUCUCGCGCCACCUGGGCAAGAUAUACAGUGAAAUGAUCUUUGUCAACGGCUUUGUGCACUGCGACCCCCACCCCGGCAACGUGCUGGUGCGCAAGGGCCCGGACACGGGAAAGGUGGAGAUUGUCCUAUUGGAUCACGGGCUCUACCAGAUGCUCACAGAGGAGUUUCGCUUGGAUUACUGCAACCUCUGGCAGUCGCUGAUCUGGACUGACAUGGAGAAGGUGAAGAAGUAUUGCCACCGUCUGGGAGCUGGUGACUUCUAUCCCUUGCUUGCCUGCAUGCUGACAGCUCGCUCUUGGAAUUCAGUCAACAGGGGCAUCAGCCAAGCUCCAGUCACCGCCACUGAGAACAUCGAGAUCCGCAACAACGCGGCCACCUACCUCCCCCAGAUCAGCCAGCUCCUCAACCGCGUGCCACGCCAGAUGCUGCUCAUCUUCAAGACCAAUGACCUACUGCGAGGCAUUGAGGCCACUCUGGGCACCCGUGCCAGUGCCAGCUCCUUCCUCAACAUGUCACGCUGCUGCAUCAGAGCGCUGGCCACGCACAACAAGAAGAACACCUGUUCAUACUUCAGAAGGACCCAGAUCUCCUUUAGUGAGACCUUCAGCCUGUGGCAGAUCAGCUUCCAUGAACUCAUUCUGCGUGCAAAGGCGCUGAGGCUGGCGAGCUGGGUCUUGGCCCUGCUUUGCUGGCUAUUGCCUGCUCCACACUGA